GGCGCGAUUUGAUGCCCUAAAAAUUCUCAGAUCGUCUUCUACGACUCAAGAAAAUUUUUUGCCUUUGCUUUCUUUGCCUUUACACAGGCUUAGCGAGAGGGAGAGGAAGACGGAGAAGGAGAGGAAGCUUGUAAGCUUAUUGUUAUUUUGUGCUGUCUUGAAAGAGAACUCAACUGGGAAAAUAUGGCGAAGCGGGAGCUCUCCAGCACUUUGAAGAACUUGAAGUUCAUGCAAAGAGCAGUUCAGAGAGAGGAGAAAACUAAGAAACAAGAAGAAGAAGUCAAACCUGAUGGGAAUUUCUUUUCCCCUGGUACCAUUAAGAAGUGUGUGGUAGUAAUGGAAGGGGAUCCUCACCCAGGAGCAGUUUUAGGACGAAUGUCAUUUCAAAGUUUCAAUCCCUCUGUUGAUAAACUAAAUGAAGCAGCAGCAAAUGAAGCAUCUGAUGCACGUGCCUCUACUUCCAGCCAUCAGAGUGGAAGAACAUCUUUUAGAGAAAAUGAAUCAUCACCAGAUGGAGUAGAGUGCUCAAACAGUGCCAAACCAAGUUCUGAGGCGAAUGGAGAUCAUAAAAGAAAACAAUAUGAAGUAGCAUCUGAAAUACAACAUCAAAAUAAAUCACCGAAAAUGGUUCAAGAUGGUCACCAAUCAUCACCCAAUAGCAGUAAAGGCUCCUUCAAGCAGCCAAAGCGUGGCAAGCUGGACUGGAAUGUUCUUAGACCAAAAAGUCAACACAAUCAAAAUAAAAGAGGGUGAGCAUUGGUUGGUCAUUCCCUUGGUAAAAAUGAAAUUUCUUGUCUCAUUAAUGUCAGGUUGAGCAUUUGCUUCUGUAACUGGGUUUACUUCUUUUCUAGCCCUUCAGCUUUCUCUUUUAGUGAGUAUUGACUUAUACAAAAUGAAUUAAGAGAUUGUGCAAACUUGUUGUUAUAUCAUUAAUGGCCAGAUUUUCUUAUUGAGCCAUCUGAUUCGUUGGUUAAA